AUGUUAAUACGCGAUAAAUUAGACGAAAAAGUCAAGGAAGUUGAAGUACUUAAGCCAUACAAAGAACUAUUGAAUUUAUCGGAUAAAGUACCAUUAGAUCGGAUUAUUCAACUCUUUACUCAAGCAAGUUUAAUAGCUCCUAGUGACACCAAAGGUGCACCAACUGAAACAAUACCAAAAAAAGUCUUUCUAAAUAAAGGACAAGCCAAGCUAUCUGGUGGCGCAUCUUCAAAUAAUAUGAAAAAUCAUGGAGGUCCUGUUAUGCAGGGUACUAUUAAUGUAUACCUCAUCUGGUAUGGAAAUUGGGGUACCAAUACUGCUCCUAAUGUCAUAAUACCAUUUUUGAGCGGUUUGAAGGACACUGCAUGGUGGGCCAUAACCACGACAUAUUAUCAAGGUACCACUCAACUUAAAUAUGCCGGAAAUCCAGUCUACAAAAAUUCAACAAAUGUCCUCAAUACAUACGGCACGAGCUUGUCAAACGCAAAUAUACAACAAAUUGUGAGUGAUUCUAUUACGUCGGGCGUGUUCCCAAGUGACACAAAUGGUGUCUAUUUUGUAUUAACCUCUGCCGAAGUAACCGCAAGCAGUGGGUUCUGUACGUCCUAUUGUGGUUGGCAUAAUCAUGGUACCAUUGGGGGCAAAGAUAUAAAAUAUUCCUUUGUUGGAAAUCCAGACAGAUGCAUAAAUUCCUGUGCAGCGCAGACCACAUCACCAAAUGGCAAUGCGGGAGCAGAUGGAAUGGCCAAUAUUAUUGCACACGAACUUACUGAAACAGUCACAGAUCCCGAUCUCAACGGUUGGUAUGAUGCAAGUGGUCAAGAAAACGCAGACAAAUGUGCUUGGACUUUUGGCACUAUGCAAACGACCAAUGGUGCAAAGUGGAAUAUGCAAUCUUCAGGAUAUAAUUACUUGAUUCAGCAAAAUUGGAGCCUAACCCGUAUCGCUUGUGCCAUGUCCUAA